CCCGCCCCGCCCAUCUCCAGUCCUCGGGUCUCUGCUGCGCAGCGCUACCGACCCUCGACCGCCACCGCCAAAAUGUCUGCAGACGUGCCUGCAGGUUCAAGUGCUGCUGUUGGCAGCAGUAGAAGACUUCAGCAGACGCAGAAUCAAGUAGAUGAGGUGGUGGACAUAAUGAGAGUCAAUGUGGACAAGGUGUUAGAAAGAGAUCAGAAACUCUCCGAGUUAGAUGACCGUGCAGAUGCGCUGCAGGCAGGAGCUUCUCAGUUUGAAACAAGUGCUGCCAAGUUGAAGAGAAAAUACUGGUGGAAGAAUUGCAAGAUGUGGGCCAUAGGGAUUACUGUUCUGAUCAUUGUCAUCAUCAUCAUUGUUGUGUGGAGUGUUUCUUCAUGAAGAACCAGUGAAACUGAAGCCUACUGUUCAAGAAACCGCUUCAAGACUUUUCACUUAGAACCUGCUAUAUUAUCAAGCUUACCUACUGUUAUAUCUAAAAUGAUUAUUUUUUGUUAUUUAAUGUAAAGUUCAAUUUCUAGGAACCGUGCCUUUGUUUUUUUAAUAUGCACUCCAAACUAGAAGUGUGGCCAGCCCCUCCCUCAUUUUGCACAAAGCCUUUACAGAUUUACACACGGGCUGAUGAAGCAUACUUCGUAAGUUCCAGAGUGCUGUAAUCCAGGUGUAGUGUUGUCACUAAUUAAUCGCCAUUGAUUCCAGUUAAGGAAAUUGGUUCCAAGUUAGCUACCUUUGUCAAAUGGCAUUAUUCUCAGAACCAUAUUUUAAACAUUUGGGUAGUCAAAUUUUCAACUUGUGCCUUCCAGAAAGAACACUACUGCCGAACACAAAUCCGUGACAACAGGCUGUGCCUUAUUUUGAUAUUUUUCUGAUUCCCUGUAAGAGAACCCUCUACUUUUUGUAACAACUACUGACUCUCGCUACAUUUAAAAUAAGAUGCUGGUAGAGUUUUUGCUCUUACAUUAGAUAUGAAGAUGUUUACUUCCUUGUUAUUAUGUAGCAUUUGCUAAAAACAUUAUUUUAAUCAGAAAUGACCCCUGUAAAAAGUUUUUAUAGAACUAUGGCUAUGACCAAAGUUUCUAUUUUGCCAAAAAUUUAAAUACAGAUAGAAUGUCCUUAAGUCUAUUCCUGACAGAUAAAUUCAAAGAAGUGCCAAA